AUGAAGGGAAUCCUGGUAUUUGCUGCUUUUGCAGCUUCGUCAAUUCUAUCCAUACCACUAGCACCUAAUCAUUUCCAUAAGCUAAUGGAUUUUCAACAAGAGUUUCCAAGAAAUAAUAUAACGGCUCUACAGCCUAGAAUUAUCAAUGGAAGCCCAGCCGCUCCUGGUACUUUUCAAUACCAAGUCGAAAUAACUAUUUAUGGUUUACUCUUGAGUGCUUUCUUGCUCAUUGGUUGGUGUGGUGGAAGUAUUAUUUCAGAAACGUGGGUUCUAACUGCAGCCCAGUGUGUUAAUAGGGAUCCUUCUUUGCAGAAUCCCCUACCCUUCAUAGUUGUUGGAUUUUCAAUUGAAACCCGAUCUGGGCAAGAAACCUCCAUCUCCCUUAAUGAUGCACACGUUCAUCCCCUAUAUGAUUCAGAUACACGAGCAUAUGAUUUUGCACUCCUUCACACGGAAACAUUAAUUUACAACGCAAACACGGGUUCAAUUGCAUUACCACCAGCAAGUACGGUUCUCGAUACAUAUGUCAAUGACGUAGUAAUUGCAUCGGGAUAUGGUCCAACAACAAAUACCCAAACAGGAACACCGUCGAGUACACUUAUGUGGAUUCAACUUCAAGGUAUAACACGUGCUCAGUGCCAAGCUGCCUACGGAAGUCGCUUUAUACCCUUUUCAAGCUUCUGUGCCGUGGAUACAACUGCACCCAUUGGUUCAACUUGCUCCUACGACUCCGGAGGACCCCUGACCCUCACUGAAUCGGGUUCAACUACACUUAUUGGCGUUAUUUCCUUUACACACCCCACGGGUGGAUGUAAUGGAUCACCCCAAGGAUUCGCAAAUGUGGCUUUUGCUAUUCCAUGGAUUACAACCACAAGAAAUGCAUUCCCAAAUUAA